AUGGAGGAUUACGCUGCCUCGAAGAGACGUCGAGGUCUUGGAGUGGUGACGCCCAACGCAUGCACUGAAUGCCGUAAGAAAAGAGCAAAAUGCGAUGGCCAAGCUCCAUGCGCCAGAUGUGCAUCGCAGAUUGGGGUUAAAUGCGUCUACGAGAUCCCCAUCCGACAAUCGAAAGAGAAUAUGCGGAUGGAGAUCGAGCAGCUCAAGGCGCAACAAUUCCUUAACGAACGCGUCCUCGCUGCUCUGAUGUCAUCCGACAAGUCAGAGCAGGUUCUCGAUCAGCUUCGCAGCGGUGAAACUCUCGAGGCAAUAUUGGAGAAUCUGGAUAAGGGGAAGUCGAGGGAUCUAACUCCAGGUAGUCUUGUAACGACAUAUUCCCAAAAUAGCGACCAACAGGCGAUUGGAAACGCUUUACAGUUAGCUCGUAGCAUUGUAAGCCCGCCUUACCCUACCACCGGGCUCGGUAACGCUUACGGCGAUGCUUCACAGCAGACCCGGCAGAGGUCUGGCUUAUGGCCCGAAACGGGAGGCGAAGAUAGCAUGUCAAUACAAGUGGAUGCACCUCAAUCAAAUGAUAUGAUGAAAUGGAGCCCCGAUGUCUCGCAAGUAUCUCCCCAGCAACCUGGUUUUCCGCUGGUUGCAACAUGGCAUCAUCAACAGUCUGGUAGUCAGUCUCAUCCAGACGCCAUGACACGGGCUAUGAGGAGCAAGGGCAGAGGGACCAUUCUAGGCGAUGGACUUGGCAAUCCACAAGACCCGGAUUAUACUGAAACUUGGACGGCGGUGACCACUGAUAUGGCCCUCGUAGAACAUCUGAUGGCUUUAUAUUUUUGCUGGGAAUAUCCAACCUUUGCCACUCUGAACAAGGAACAUUUCUUGGAGGACUUCCGCACAGCCACUCCGAGGUACUGUUCAUCGUUACUGGUAAAUGCUAUGCUUGCAGCGGGCUGUAGGUUCUCUUCACAAGUUGCUGCUCGGAAAGAUCCAAAUGACAGUAGUACUGCAGGAGACCACUUUUUCGCCGAAGCAGAGAGACUUCUUGAUCAGGAGAAGGACCAUCAUCGCUUGACGACGAUCCAAGCCCUCGGUCUGAUGUCUAUUCGGGAAGCCAGUCGAGGUCACUGUAGCAAAAGUCUUUACUACUCUGGUCAGUCUAUACGGCUUGCCGUCGAGAUGGGACUCCACUUAGAGAUGCAGGGUGAUGACCCAACUAACUCUUCAGUACGAUCUGCAACAUUCUGGGGUGCAUUUUCACUUGAUCAAUGUUGGUCCCUCAGUAUCGGAAGGUUACCACACUAUUCACAUGGCAUGAAAUCCGUCGCAAGACCAAUGACCUCGCCAGAAGUUGAGGCUUCACCGUGGAUUCCAUACACAGAUGAUGGUGCACCACUGGAGCGCAAUUGUACCCAACCGUCGAACGUUUGGGGCGUUUACAAGACAUUUUGUGACCUUUCAGAGAUUGUUCACCAAUCCCUUUAUGCAUUAUAUACACCUGGAAACCACGUCACGAGUAAAUCGCUGCUCCGUGUAUACACACAAUACCUCCGAUGGUACGAUUCGAUCCCAGAGGCUCUGAGACUAGGGCAUAACUUCACCCCCGCUGUCCUCUUCGUCCAUAUGUAUUAUCACUAUGCAAUCCUACUUCUCUUCCGCCCGUUCAUCAAGUUAGACAUCGUUGGAUCGAGGAUAUCUCCACGUGACGUAUGCCAGCAGGCCGCCGAGGCCAUCUCCACGCUGCUGAAUUCCUACGAUCAGCUGUACACCCUUCGCCGAACGCCCUCCUUCGUCCCCUACUUUGUCCUCACCUCUACCAUCACGCAUCUUGUGACCUUUGGCAACGGUCGAGCUACCGCAGAGCGUCUGCAGCAAGGAAUGUCGAUACUCAAGACCAUGACUCCGUGUCACGGCUUCGCGGAGCGCUCGCGCCGGAUUAUUGCCUUUCUUAACCAGCACUGGCACAUCAACAUUCCACUCAAGCACGAUGGUAACGAUGAGGAAGAGGACCUGGAGGCGAUUUGUCGGCCGAGUACCACGAGCUCGAACUACUGGUGUCCGAAUGCCCGAUUUCAGGAUGUGGUUAGUGGGAUAGGACCUGUGAAGGUGGAUGAUGAAAACCCAUUAUUCUGGCCGUUUCCUUUCCAAGGGAGGCCGUUGCUGGAGGUUAACACGAUGCUGGAGCAGUCAGGAUUCAAGCCCUCAAUGGAUUGA